AUGAUCUCUGAGUCAAUAGUUUAUGUUUGGGGAGGUAUUGACACUACUAAACCUUAUAGCUGAUAACGAAGGGUAAUUGGGUUUGGGCAAGAAUCGAGGAUCCUCAUAAUACUACCAUAUACCAAAGAUUUGUCAUUAUAAAAUCGGCUUUGUCUAGGUGUCUUGUGGCAAGGAUCACACAGCCCUUCUCACUUAGAAUGGUCACGUGUACACUAUGGGCUGCAACGAGCACAACAAAUUAGGACAUGCUACUAAACAGUCUGUGCAAGCCCCUUAAAAAAUAGAAUAACUCAGCAAGUACAAUCUCUUAUAUUAAAAGAGAGUUAUACAAGUCUCUUGUGGUUACACUCACACUGCAUGUGUUACGUCUGAUGGAUCCCUCUACACUUGGGGAGACAAUUCUUGCGGUUAAUUAGGAGUCAAGUAGAAUGGGAAUUUGAACAAAGUGAGUGCUUUAACAAAUUGUAUUCAAGUUUCAUGCGGCAAUAAGCAUACAUUAGUAUUGACAGGUACACUAUCAUAUAAAUAGUAUAAAAGAUGCUCAGGAAAGCUUUGGAUUUGGGUUGAACGACAAUUCUCAAUUGGGAAUCUCAAGAUUGAAAACUGUUGUUGAACCAACGAAAAUUAAAUUGCCUGCUUUAUAAUAGAAUUGUGCAGGCAAUCUAUUUUCGUUGUUCUUGACUCAAGAUGGAAUUGUGUACAUUUGUGGAUUGGGUUUUGGAAAUUUAUAAAAAUUAAACUAUAAAUGUAAUAAGAUCUACUGAUAAAUAGAAAAGUUUAUUAAGAUUGAUGGCAAGAGCACUCCUAUCGGUUUGACUUCAACGAACGAACUUAUCUUUUUUGAAUUAGAUGAAUAACUUAUGAAUAUCAAAGACUUCUGCAUGGGGGAAUUAGUUGGAAUGUGCAUAGGAGACAAGGCCUAUUAAUGGUAGUUUGAUCCAGAAUAAAAGAGGAUUACUCAAUUAAAAUCGAUUGAUCAAUUAUACUCUAAAUAGUUAAUACAUUUUUCAGCAGGGAAUAGUCAUUUGAUAUGCAUUGAAUAGAAGGGAUCCUCAUCGUUUAUUGAAAGCGUCUGCAGUUCAACUACAACUCUUAGAGGGAAGCACGAAGAAAGGAGCAAAAGCAACUAUACUGAGAAACAAGACGGCACUCAGAGUUUGAGAAUUCAACAAUUAGAAAAGUAAUUGGAGGAAAAAGAUAGAUUAAUCUAAUAAAUGAAAGCAGAUUACCAAUCCAAAUUAUAGUAGAUGCAACAAAAACAAAAGGAAAUGGAGGUGUAAUUAUCGAGUAAGGAUUAAGAAAUUGCAAGAUUGUAAUUAUCUUUAUUCAAAUUUGUAGAACUAAUGAAUUGCAUCGAUUGCAAGAAGAUCAUUAGAACAAGAAUUCCGAUUCAGAAAUACUAUAAUGCCAUGUACAAGAUGAAGGAAGUGAUGAGGAGGAGGAUGUAAAAGUCUUGAAGAAAUAGACUUCAUUGCCAUAUCAGUAACCAAAUCUGACUUAUCAUCACUCUUCACAUUCUCAAUUACAUAAUUAUUAAAAUCAAUAGUAAGUGAAGAGUCCAGUCAAAGCCAUAAUCCAAGAAAACAAAUUUGAGGAUAAUCCACAGAGAAACAAAUUUUGUAAAACUGAUCAUGAUAGGGAGGCUAAGUAUUAAUCCUUUGAAAAGUUGAAGAAGAAGGAAGUUUUAAAUGAGAGACCUCAAAGUUCCAUUAGGGAGAAGACGAAUAACAACAAUGAGAAGGCAAAUCUUUCUACGAUUAAAUUAAGAUUAACAGAUUUACAGAAAAAUAAAGAGUAACUUGAAUAGAGAAUGAGAUAAUUUGAGGAUCGUCUUAGGGAAAAUAAGCUAUAUACAAAGUGA